CAGUUUCAGUCAAUUGCAGGAAGUCUAACGUGGAAGUUGUGAAUUGCGGGUGUAGUCAUCGCAAUCUUUAAAAUUGCUUCAAAUAUCUGAACGCUAAUUGCAUAUUCCAGCUUAGAAAAACACGACCGGUCAUUUUCACCAUGGAUGCCGGGGUGUACGUGUCGCAGCAAACACUGCUGAAGGAUGACAUCAUCAACAGCCAGCCGGUGUCAAAUGGAAGCUCCCAGCGUGCGUUGCCGCAAAUGCUGCAAGGUCCGCUAAUCGGGCUAGAACUUUUGCUGGAUACCACGCGAAUCCGCCUUCGCCAGCGUAUCCAAAUGGUGAAGAUUUACUGCGGCUGUGACAUGCCCAUGAACUUUGAACUGAUCAACGAGCGGAACCAGAUCAUCUACCAGUCGGAGGAACAUAACGGGUGCUGCAUCCGGAACUGUGUACCCCAAGGGAUGCGCACGGAAUCGAUCUUGAGCAACAUGAUAAAUGCUCCGGUGCUGCGAUUCCAGCGUGAGUCCCGAUGCGUGCUAAACUGCUGUCUACCGUGCUGUUGCUGUGCGUUGCCCUUCAGCAAGGAACAAUUGUCCGUGGUAAGCAUCGCCGGCGGUGGAUCCGUCCUGGGAACAAUCCGGCACGACUGGUCCAUGUGGACAUCGAAGUUCAGCGUGUUGAAUGGUACCGGCGAGGUCAUGGCCAAAAUUGAAGGUCCUGGCAAGGGUAACUUCACCUGCGGUGGAGAUAUUGAGUUUCAAAUGUUGGCACCCAAUGGAUACAAGUUGGGUUCGAUCACCAAGCAUUACGGUGGACUGGUUGGAGAACUUUGUACCGAUUUUGAUGAGUUUACCAUAAACUUCCCACAGGACUUGGAUGUUACUUUGAAAGCUUGCUUGGUAGGAGCUGCUCAUCUGAUCAAUUUCCUCUUUUUCGAGGGCGCUUUCCGCCGACUUUUUCUUGCUGCUGGAGCUGGUGCUUAUAUGGGUUGCGUGGGAGCAACUACAGCACGUCACUAAAUUAUAGUUUGUGUGAACGCAAGCUAAAAAAUCACUUAAAUCACAUUGAACAAAAUUGUUUUUAUGACCGAAACCAACGAAAACACCCCUACAUUUAAUUCUGAGUGUAUGCACAGCUACUGAAAAAUAAAAAUAAAAUCAAAUAAAAUAAUGGCAAUGA